UACCCCUCGACUACUUUAGGUCCAUGUGCCCAUGCUCAACGUAACAUUAGUAGCGCCGCAUAACGGCAGUCUCUUCCAUUUGUCCACCGUUUCUGAACAUGGCUCCGACUAUUGCUAAAAAGCCCAAGGGACCGGCCACCAAGAAACAGGCCCUUCGGGGCAAGGGCCAAAAGAAAAAAGUCUCCCUCAAGUUUACUAUCGACUGUACACAUCCUGCCGAGGAUAAUAUUAUGGAUGUGGCCAAUUUUGAAAAGUACCUCCACGAAAGAAUAAAAGUUUCCGGAAAGACGAACAAUUUUGGCAACAAUGUUAGUUUAGAAAGGGACAAGAUGAAGCUCUCCGUCAACAGUGACACUGACUUUUCUAAGCGGUAUCUCAAGUAUUUGACAAAGAAAUACUUGAAGAAGAAUAAAUUACGUGACUGGUUACGCGUAGUAUCUAAAGAUAAGGAGACCUAUGAGCUGAGGUACUUCCAGAUCAACAGCCAGGAAGAUGACGACGAGGAAGAUGCCGAGUAAAGUUUGUUCUUAUUUUUACAGAAUUAUCUGUACAUAUUUCCAUAAAUAAAUGAUUGAAUCAAAUAAUUA